AUGAGAGAUUUUCAAGAAACACUCACUGAUCUUGACCUUUUUUAUCACCCUUUUCUUGAACCAACGUACACAUGGAGUAACAAGCAACAGAGCACCUUCCUUGCAAGGAAACUCGAUAGAGUUCUUGUUAACCCUCAAUGGGUAUCCUCUUUUAAGGACUCGCACGUUGAAUUCCAAGCCCCUGGUACCUCUGACCAUUGUCUUGCUCAAGUCUGGCUCUCUAAAGAAGCUCAAAUUCUUUUCUCUAAACUUAAGAGAUUGAAAUUUAGCCUUAAGAACCUCAAUCACAUAUGCUUUAGUGACCUUCCAGCAAGGGUAAAGCAAAAGAAAACCGAGCUAGAGCAGCAACAACUCAAAACAUUAAAGGGAGAGGAAGACAUCAAAAAUGAGAUAUCCCUUCAAAACGAAUUGAAAAACUUGGAGGAAGCUGAAACAUUGUUCUUCAGACAAAAAACAAAGAUUCAAUGGUUGAAGGAGGGUGAUAAAUGCACCAGAUUAUUUCAUUCUGCAGUUGUUUUUAAAAACAAAAGAGACACAAUUCGCACUCUCAUUGAUGAGAAUGGUAACUGGCUUGAAACCUAUGACCAAAUGUCAGCUGAGGUGGUUAAAUUCUUUUCCAAUUUGAUAGGCACUGUUGAUCCUACAGUCAAAGAAAUUUCCACAAACCAGCUGAAGGACUUAAUUCAGUUUUCCUUUUCUGUUGACAAGGCUGAAGCUCUUGUGAAGAAUAUUACAAAAGAGGAAAUCAAAGAUGCUUUUUUCAGCCAAGGCAAUGAAAAAGCUCCGGGGCUUGAUGGGUAUUCCCCUCACUUUUUUAAAUCCACAUGGCCUAUUAUUGAAAGAGAUGUUGUAGCGGCCAUCUCCUAUUUCUUCACUGAUUCUUAUCUCUGUCCCGCUUUCAAUGCUACAGUUAUUGCAUUGGUUCCUAAAAUCCCAAAACCAAGUAAGUUGAUCUCCACAAAGCUUUUUGUCAACUGGAUUACCACUUGCUUCUCAACGGCAAGUUACUCUAUUUCUGUCAAUGGAAGCUUGUAUGGUUACAUCAAGGGAGCUAAGGGCUUAAGACAAGGAGACCCUAUCUCUCCUUUACUAUUUAUUCUCUCUAUGAAUAUUCUUUCACGACUCUUUAACUUGGAUGCUUUAAGAGGUGUGUUCGGUUAUCACCCCAAAUACAAAAACAUAGGUCUAAAACAUCUAUCCUUUGCUGACGAUCUUCUCAUCUUUUGCAAAGGGAAUGAGGAAUCUGUUAUUAGUGUCACUGCUGUUUUAGAUUACUUCUACGAUAUUUCAGGCGUUAAACUAAAUACUUCUAAAAGUGAGUUUUUGUUGUUGGUAUGA